CAUGCGGACUGGCGAUGUUUUCUCCUGCCAUGACCACAGAAGUAGCAAGAAGAGUAACAGGCGCGAUCGAGCAGCUGAGAACAGCCACAGCCACCUUCCGAAAAUUUGUCGCCGAAUAACGCCGAUUGCGCGUUCACUUCGUUUCCUCCGCACGUGCGUCGACGUCGACCACUCACACAUUGCCGAAAUGCUGCCGACGGCGCCUCAGAACCUCGUUUUCCUGGUUUGCACUUGCCUGCUCGUACAGGCCGCCUCCUCAGAUAAGGACGAGCCCUGCAGGUUCAGUGACAUUGAGUCGUGCGGCCAAAACGAGCUGUGCGUGCAGAAUCAACAGAAGUCCUCGGUGGGAGUUUGUAAGUGCGUGCCAGGAUUCAAAAGGAAGAGUAGCGGAGAAUGCACCGAGCAGAAUGCUUUGCCCACCACCACCCCAGGAAGCCUUCCGACUGCUUCACCACACAUUAAUGGACCCACAAAACAUGAUGCUGUAGUCAGCCACGUCUUGGUGCCUGUUGUGCUUAUUUUAGGCUUGGCCAUUGGACUCGUUUACCUGGGCCACAGAUACAACUGGCCCGGCAGAGCUAGGGUCUUCACUCAAAGGAUGAUGGCAUCUCGAAGAACAAAUGAUGUGCUGAUUCGAGGACCAGAUGACGACGAUGACCCAAUAGCGUGAGAAAGGCCAGCCCAAAGCUGUGUUUAGCGAGGAACGCUGUUUGAGUGCGGCUGCAGCUUGUGGGUGAAUUGCUUGGCAUUGGGAAAGUGAGGCUAGCGGAGAGAAAUGGCCACCCUCAAUAUUUUGUACCAAAUGAAUUCUAUAGAUAAUCAUAAUCAGACAACUCAAUUCUGUUUCACAAUUGGUUUUACUAGAAUGCCAUUGCUGAAGAUGUAAUUGUGAAAGAAAAGAGUGAGAAAUAGGCAUUCAGACUCUCAAGAAAGACACUAAUUGCAUUAAGUUUAGUUGAGAUAUUAUUAUAUAAUUAUUCCACAUCAAUUGUUCCAUUACUUGUUCCCAAGUUGAUUAAUUCUAUGGACCUCUAACAUUCACUCAAGUCAUUAAUUUAAAUUUGUAGCAAACUGUGAUGAAAUACCCGAAAUACCUAGAUAUUUCUGUUAUGCAUAGCUUGACUGCUUUAUGUGUAAGCAUUGAAAAAGAACUGUAAACAAUUUCUGUAUAUUAACGAUUAAAAAUUAUUGGUAGAAGUAGCACACACUUA